CCACCUGUUUACGAUUUUGCAGUAUCGAUUCGUGAAUUCGACGCGACGCUUACUCAAUCCACGGAACUUGAGAGAAAACUAGAAGAACAACGUUGCAAGCAUGUGAUCAUCCGGUCUCUUUGUCGAGUGCGGGAUAGUAGUGUUGCUAAGCGCCUUCGCAACUCUCCCUCUUCUCGUGUUUGUGUGUCUAUCUGUCCGUCGAACUGCCUGUCCAGCUGUUAAGUAGGCGACUGGAACGUACGAGACUAUGCCCGGCGGCAUUAUUCGCCUCGAUACGGAGACGUGUACAGUAAAUGCUGCUAUUCAAAGAAGGCAACGUGGAGUGAAGUAUGUCUCCAGGGAAAACAAGGCUUUUGCCUGUUCAUCGUUCGUUUGUUCAAAAUGUAUAGAGACGGAGGAAACGCCUGGUAGACACCGACUGUCUAUACGGAUAUAAAUAGAGGGAAGUACUUUACUGAAUUCUUCAUCAAUGUUGACUAGUUGAUCGGAAAGUCUAGACGUUCUCAAGAGAGAGCCUCGAAAAAGAGUGCAACUAUGACGGAUCCCUGCCGGGGUUACAGUGUCACAGCACUGAAACAAUUCGAGUUUCCAUUGUUGCCCGAAGAUAUUGCCAAAGUCGAAAUCUCUCCAUCAAGCGAGAGAAUCAGCUGUUUAACUACGGAUGGCGAUCUGUGGACUCUCGACUGUCCAUCGGGAGAGUCGACUCUACAAUUGACGAACGUGGCCGACUUCGCUUGGCAGCACAAUACGACGUCUGAUACAGUAUUUAUCAUAAAAAAAAGUGGUCCAGAUAUCUACAGCACGUAUCAAUUUGCUUCAAAAUUCGUCACGACAAACACAAAUUAUACCUCAGAAUUUACAAGUUCUUUCAGCCAAAUAUCACUGAUAUAUUGCAGCGACAAGUUGCUUGUGAUUCUACUUGACAAGGAUAGGAUCCUGUAUAAAACAAUCUCAUCUGUCGUCCUGUACGUACAGUGGACCUUCAAGCUUAGCGGAAAUGCCGUUGCAUUUCAUACGCUCAGGAACAAGUACAUCUUUGUAUGUACUGAGCAAAAGGAAAUCAAUUGCCUAGUGCUGGAGGAUGGUACCCAGAUAGCAUGCUGGCGUCUCUGUGAGAUGGUGAAGGAUAAUAUUCAGGAUUUUCUGUUUACGGCUAAUUUAAACAAGCUAUAUGUCUCGACUGGCCGCAAGCUAUUAGAAAUUGAAUGUCAAGGCGAGAGCUGGUAUAAUUUUUCAUGUUUCCUUGGUGGAUCUCGCUAUAGGAAUUUUCGACGAACAAGGAAAGUGAAGGUGAUUGUGGACUCUCCAACGCCAUUUGCGUUGGGCAUGUAUCGCGGUAAAAGUGUCAUUUGCGCUGGAGAAAAACUUACCCUUAUUGAUAAAGUUCCCAUUGUAUUUCCUGGUCCCAUAAUGAUUAUUUCAAAUACGAUUACAAUGGAGACAGGAAUUCCAACGUUUCUACAGAAAGAUUGCCUUAAAGUUCUUUACCAUGGGAUCACUACAAGAAGCAUUCUUCAGCAGGUCCUUGAAGGAAAGGGAUCGGCAACAGCGGAGAAAAUAUGCAAGUUGAACAACUGGAGUAACAUUUCAAUGGACGUGACUGUCCUGCAGCAAGGCAUCGCCAACGAGCAUCAGGACAUGAUCCAGUUUUUUUUCAAGACCAAGCUAGAGCUGUCACAAUCGGCUAUUCACACUACGAUGAGCCAUGAACGCUUAAGAAUUGAAUUCUCGUCAUGGCAAGCUGUCAUUCAAGAAGUGACGCGUAACGUUCAAGAUGCCCUUCUCAGAAGGGAGUUUGCAGAGCGACUGAUUAAGCUUAUAGUUUCGUAUAUAGCGCAGUUACUCCACUGGAUUUCUUCAGUUGAGGCGGCCACGCCAGUGCAGGAAGAAUUUGUCUCGUAUCUGUGCGCCCAGAUGAAUGUUUUUCGAGGGUUUCUACUUCAGACGUCAACGUCGAUACUAGAUUCGAAUGAAAUCGUUGAUAAUUCCCUUAAUGCGUCAUGGGAUUAUUUCUCAGAAGAAGAGGUUCUUCAGGAUGCCAUUGCAAGGGGCAAGCUCAAUCAAGCGCAGGUUUAUUUGAGCAAGCGUAAAGAUGACCAAGACCUACAGGACAAGGCGACAAGAAUUGGUCAAGAACUUGUUCUAGAUUACGUCUUGUCAGGUGAGAUGGCUGAUGCAUAUAAACUGAUGGAAAGUCUCGGAUGGGAUGUUGAUGAUAAGCUGAAGUUUUUUUUCCUUCACGUAAAGUCGCAAGACGCACGAGUGACAAUUUUAAGAAAGAUUCUGGAACGGCCAAAUUUUUCCGAAGAUCUGGUUAGUCUGCUUGGAAAAAUGGAAGUUUAUCUCAAACAUUACAGUUGUCCUUCUGCAAAAGGUGUGCUCGAUUCGGAGACGAGAGGUGAAGCUAUUUCGACAACGGGUAGCCUGUUAGAGGGACCUAACGUCAGACUGAUUCAGCACCACAUGAUCAUGGGAAGUGGACGUUGCUCCUCUGGUCAUUAUACCGGGAUAGUGCUAGCUUGGUUAGCAAAAUGGGACAAGGAGACUUUUGAUAAAAUACUGUUACACUCCGGCACCGCAAAGGACGAAGUCAAAGAGAUGGAGCCUAAUUUAGUGUGGAACCAUCUGCUUAAAUAUGUCAAGACGGAGCAAAUAGAAGCGUUAAUUAACUGUGUGGCCGAGUCGACCGGCGAAGUGUUUUCUGAAGAGUUUCCUAACGUUAUAGAGGUAACCAGCGACAUGCUGGAUGCGUUAGAGGAUGACCAUGUUCUUCCUGACUUGGCAGAGGAGACUCGAUUGCAGAUGGCGAGGAAGAAUUUGUUAAACGAUUCAAUUUUAGAAGAUUUUCCCCGUCUGCUUAACAUUAUGUCAAAGAUCAAAGUGUCAGUUUAUGAUUUGUUCGAUGUUGAAGUGCUCCUCGAAAAGCAUGAUUAUGUACAUCGAAUGAUUCAUUUCUGCUUGUCAAAUGGCUACUUGCACUUCCUCCAUACGUUUCUAAUGAAGGUGCAAAUACAGCCCUCAUGCAGCGAAUGCAUGACACCGCUGCUAGUCGCUAUUAUCAAGUACAACGAAUGGAGGAAACAGCCGAAGAAGAUCCUUGGCGUUACGCUAGCAUUUGCCAACGAAAUAUACGGAGCUGAGACCGUUGACGAUCUUUGGUCAAGUGGUCGAUUGCGGUUGGCAUGUAUUGUCAGCACAAUCACCCUGAACUGGGCAGUACCUAGAGAGUUUAUUGUCAAAUUACCUCUCCCUCUAGCAGGCUUCAUUGAAGAAAGCAGUGGCCAGUUUCGUGAGGAUAUUAGCAUGUAUCAGCUUCUCUCCAAGAGCACCUUUUUCGAUAUAACGAAAAUGUUUGGCUUCCAAAAACGGAAUAAUAUCUACGAGGGCGAACCGAUGGAUCUGCCUUAUUUCGCACAGGAAAAGUUGGUCAAAACAUACGGCUUAAAGGAGCCAUUAACAUACAUUUACUAUCUACUCAAAUAUCGGGUCGGCUGUGCAAUCGAAUGCUUCUUCCGAGACUACCGCGUGAGUCCAAAAAUCCUCAAGGCUGCAGCUAAGCAAACCACGCAAAUUGCGCUAAAUCUGUUUACUGAUGACAAAUUUGUGACAUGCUGUGUUGCCUUUAUUGAAGCCAUCGGUCAGGACUCCUACAGUCUCCGACUGCUGGUCGCCGUUGGGCGCCAACUUCUUCCACGCCAUGCUAAACAAGAGGUCGUCGAAAAUCUAUGUCACGUGCAGUUCGCUAACUUAUCAUCGCUCACGGCCAGCCAAAAUGCUGUUUACAGGGAGACCGCACAGGUGAUCCUCCAAGACUUGGAUAAUAUUGUGAGGGAGCAGUUUGUCAAUGACCAUUCACAAAUUCCGCUGCUGAAACCGGACAGUGUCGUCUUUCUACAGCACGAUUUUAGCCAACUCCAUCAGCUAGAGAUACCGUGUACGAUUCUAGAGCUCUGCGCAGAAUCGGACAACUGGUUGGGCUUCAUAAUAUGGGCUCAGACGCUCCAGAUUAGUCGGCGCAGAGUCAUGCCAUUGUUAAAGAAUUUCUCGAACGUAAUCUAUCGUGAACAUCUCGAGAAGGCCCUGUCUCAAGUCAGUUCUCUAAAAGACAUGAACACCAAAAGUCUGACAACGCCUCGUGGACGGGACCUGAGAGCGUCAUUAUAUAACAAAAUCGGAGUGGUUAAACCACAGCAACAAAUGACUGAGCGGUUCAGUUACUCACCUCCAGACCAGUUUAAGAAAAGAGAAAAAGACUCGAACUCGAACUCGGAUCCCGAGUCGUUCUCGGUUACGAGUGACGACUCUUCACACACGCUGCAAUCAUCCAACACCCAGGGCUCAGGCGGAACUAGUCGUAAGUACCCUUUGAAUUUGAUCGAUCUCGUGGUUUCUGCGCAUAACAGCGCCUCACCGGUGAACGAGCUUCUAGCAGCAGCUACUUACCAUUGGAAUCCCGCACCAGCACUCAUAGCUACCUACUACAACGAAAAUGUCCAACAGUGCUUUGCCGUCUGGCUAGAAACAACGACAAUUAUGUCGCACACAAAAAACUCUUCAGACAGAAGUCUCAACAAUUUGCUCGAAUGCGUGGAAAAUGCGCUUAAGCUGCGAUGUAUUGCCUCCUUGCUCUUGGGCUAUCAACUGUUCAUUCCAGGUUCUGUGUGUACACCUUUGGUUACUUACAUUUACAAAUUUCUUAUCAACAAAGCCUAUUUUGGCGGUGAGGAGGAUUGGAAAUCGUUUCUCGACAGAUAUACCAAGGAAAAUGCUGACCACGAAUACGUUCGAAAAAUUCUUAUUUACGGUGUGUUAAUUUGCGAGUCAGUUUAUGAGCAGCGGCUUCUCCUGCGCAAGUAUAAGUCGCUUCCGCAAAAAGUAACACCGAACUUUACGUUCUUCGCACAAAUUCUCGAGAGUGUUGCCGACGCCAAUUGGCAGCUACCAUUCGAGCAUCUGCUACUGGCCACCGACGCCGAACAAGUAGACGAUGCGUUACGGAAAGAAGUUACGAGGCUAAUUAAUCAGCAGUUAUACGAACUGGCUAUCCGGUUCAGUCGCGCAGCAUGUUUGCCUUUUGAUGAUAUCCUCUGCGAACUGCUCGAUCAUCAGUUCGAGACAAGGACGACGAGAGUAGUGAAACAGGUGGCCGCUGUCAAUGACAGACACCUGCUCAGGCGAAAGCUUUCAGCCUUGCCCGGAUCCUGCGAGAAUGCCGUUAAUCCGCACCAGAUGAUGCGAUCGGGAAGUAUCGGAUCGAUCGUAAGCGACAGCAGUGAACGAAAGAUCUCAGCAUUAGCGACUCAGCGCAGCAUCGAUGAAUCUGAGGUAAAAGAGAAAUCUUUUUGGGAAACGGCGCAAACUCUAUUCCGGAAAUACAGUGUCAAAGACACAACGGCAUUUCUGUUUUUUAAAAAAAAGAGUGAAAUUGUGGACAACUACAGAGAUAAAUUCAUAGCGAUGAAAUAUGGACUCCGAUGGAUAGAUGCUGAGAUGCAUCGAGUCGUCUGUUGGGACUAUUUGCUUAAAUGUAUUGAAGCUAAGGAUAUGGACAUCUUAAAUGAAAUUGACUGUGAGUCCGAGGAGUUGACUCUACUACGUAAUCAAGAUAUUCCAUCCGCUAGGAGACACGUCAAAAGUGAAUCGGAAAGAAAUGCUGUGCAGAUUGUAAUAGACGCCCUCCUGGCCAAAGUAGCGUUCCGUCAGGCGCAGUUUGUAUCAACGGUAUUUUGCACUGAGACGUUGGAGUACCAAUUAGCAGUAACAGCUGUCCAGCUUUCCCAGGGACUUAUUGUCAGAGAUUCUUUUCAUCCGAAUAUCAAAGAGUUCCUAAAAAAACUGGAGGAAGACCCGUCCAGGCCAAAGGUUCGCUUGUCAAAUGCACUGGAUUCUGAAUCUUGCCGAGCCAUUGAAGAUUUAUCGUUCAUUGCUCAAUCGUCAAAAAGAAUCUGCCGACGGAUUUUGAUUCUACAUCUGUUGGCUUUGUCGCUCAUGGUCGAAUUCGAUAGUCUUGCCAAAGAGUCUGACCCACUGCAGUUACUAAAGCGAAUCCUAAAUAGUUCGCUCAAACCAAAAUUCGCGUUGGCCAAGGAACUUGUUGCUGUGUACUCUAUAGAAGACGUGGUACUGUCGUCCUUUAUCUACCGCGAAAUACAGAAGGCCCUCUCGUUCAACAAUGAAGAGUUCAACGAGUUUGACGUGCUCGGUAACUUUGAAAAUGUUAUUAGCAUCUGCAAAGAUGCUACGAUUCUUGGUAACCGUAUCUUUUAUGGACUUAAAAAAUAUGAGGAUGCUCAGCUGGAGACGGACAAACAAGUACUUUACAACGAAGUGGAGCUGUGCAUUCUGGCUCAUAAAUGCUUUUCAGUCGCGUGCUGUAUGGAAGGGAUUUCACACGUGCUCAAACAUUGCCACACCCUUGUUCACUGGCUGAUACGACACAAUAAGUUCGCUUUAAUAAUUCGUCUGCUAACGGGCAUCGGUCAAUACAGUGAGAUGACAUUCAUAUUUGACGCGCUCGGUAAACAUGGCCACUUUGAAAUGCUCAUCCAGCAAAGCAUGGAAAAGGUACCGCAUCUCAAAGUCGCCUUACUAGACUACUUGAAAAAAAAAAAAAAGCUUUCGCAGUUAGACAAAAUUUUCAAGCUAAAUUUCGCAAUGCACCGUGAGAUCGCGGAAAUGAAUUCUGAGUCGGCACAGGAACGAAUAGUACAGAUCGCCAUUUCCGAUGGCAUUACCUGGCCGGAUUCCGUCGACCUCAAUGAAGCACAAGCUGCCCUUGAUGUCGUUAUGGUUGAUCUCGCUGAUGCCGCCGAGGCUUUCGUGAAAGCUGAUUGCCCUAUGCGUGCACUUGAGUGCGCUCACAAAGCCGAAUUGCUUGCACUUCAGAUACAUUACCUCAGCAGCCCCCAGCUUCACGGCAUUGGUUUAAACAAACCUAACAAGAUCAUCAACCUUUCUGCCGAAAGUAGAAUAACUUGGAUAAACAACCACACGGUGUUUCCAGAGGCGUAUCUUGUCGCAGAGGCAUAUCACAUGCGGGUCGCUUGGCAUGCUCCACUUUUCCUCAACGUUAUAGUUAAAGGCAAUGUUGAUUACCUCAAGGACUUCGAGAUGCGCUUACAUCUUACCCAGGAAAUCGUGCAGAAAAUAACAGAUUGUUACGCGCGCUACCAGCGGCCGACACCGCAAAUGGCUGAGGCGAUGGAAAAUAUUCUCGAAUGUUUUAAUGAUCUCGAAACGAAGUAUCGCUGUGCAAGAAGACUCGGCUUCCAGCUUGCAUCGAGGCUCGCUGCCAAUAACGCUAUACUCGCGGAUUUACUCCAGGAGGCAUUGGACCAUUGAAUAGCAGCAUGAACCCCUAAUGGAGCUUAAUAUACGGAAAUGCCUGAGGUACAAUUGGGCCUCGAAUAAGAGACGUCGUUUUGUUUGUCAAUAUCCCAAAUCGGAGUUUACCCCAUUACUGUUUAUGUGCCACUAGAGAGCAGCGUGUUCUAAAAGUGCGCUAAUAAAGAACGUACUUUCCUCUUUGGAAGAAUCUC